CUUUCUCCCUCGUCUGACGUCACUUCCGCUCGGCGUCGAGAGUCCUAGUGAAGGCCUGUUGCGGCAAGAGCAUGUCUUCGGAGUCCGGGAAGAAGCGCAAGCCAAAGGUGAUCCGGACGGAGGGUGUUGCUUCGGAAGGGAAGCGCAGCCGGGCAGAGGCCGAGCAUAGCCAGGAGGGACGGCCUUUGAGCGAGGAGGCGGAAGUGGAGCUGCGGGACCCCAGCAAGGAUUUUGCCCUCUACCAGCGCACCUGCCAGGACCUCCAGCGCCUGAUGCUCGAGAUCCAGGAGCUGAAGAGCCGAGGCGGCCGGGACAGUGCAGCGGAGAUUGAAGAGCGCCGGAUCCAGAGCUGCGUCCAUUUUAUGACCCUGAAGAAGCUCAACCGUUUGGCUCACAUUCGGCUGAAGAGCGGACGAGACCAGACCCAUGAGGCCAAGCAGAAGGUGGAUGCCUAUCACUUGCAGCUCCAGAACCUUCUCUACGAAGUCAUGCACCUCCAGAAGGAGAUCACCAAAUGCCUUGAAUUCAAGUCAAAGCACGAGGAGAUUGAGCUGGUGGGGCUUGAGUCCUUCUACUUGGAGGCACCCAGAGAGAUCAGCCGGCCGGAGGUCACUCGGGAAGACCCGCAUCAGCAGACCCUGGCCCGCCUGGACUGGGAGUUAGAGCAGCGCAAGCGCCUGGCGGAGAAGUACAAAGAAGGCCUGUCCCAGAAGGAGACCAUCCUGAAGGAGAUCGAGGUCAAGAAGGAGUAUCUCAGCAACCUUCAGCCCAGGCUCCACAGCAUUAUGCAGGCUUCUCUGCCUGUACAGGAGUACCUCUCGAUGCCCUUUGACCAGGUCCACAAGCAACAUGAAACGGCCCGGCACCUCCCUCCUCCCCUUUAUGUUCUCUUUGUCCAGGCCAGCGCCUAUGGACAAGCCUGCGACAAGAAGCUGGUGGUGGCCAUUGAAGGGAACGUGGAGGAGGCCAAGGCACUCUGCAAACCGCCAGAAGACUCUCAAGAUGACGAGAGUGACUCGGACGCUGAGGAGGAACAGACCACGAAGCGUCGGCGCCCAACGCUGGGGGUCCAGCUGGACGACAAGCGCAAGGAGAUGCUGAAGCGCCACCCGCUGUCUGUCAGCGUUGAUCUCAAGUGCAAAGACGGGAGCCUCCUCCACCUGACCUUCUACUUCCUGAUGAGCCUCAACGUGGUGACGGUCAAGGCCAAGGUGACCGCCGCCAAAGUGACUACCCCCAUCAGCGGCGGUGACCUCCUCUCUCCAGACACCCUCCUGAACUGUUUGUACCCUGGGGAUCAUGGAAAGAAGACUCCCAACCCAGCCAACCAGUUCCAGUUUGAUAAAGUGGGUAUCCUGUCUCUGAAUGACUAUGUGACGGAGCUGGGACACCCUUACCUCUGGGCCCAGAAGCUGGGGGGCCUCCAUUUCCCCAAGGACCAACCUCAGGGUUCCAUCAUGGCCGACAACACGCUCAGUGCCAGCCACAUGGAGCAGACCAUGAAGCUGCUCAAGACGCGGCUGGAGUCCCGCCUCGCCCUCCACAGGCAGUUUGCCUCUCUUGAACACGGCAUCCUCCCAGUUUCCAGCGAGUGCCAGCACCUCUUCCCGGCAAAGAUCGUUUCACGUUUGGUCAAAUGGGUGACCAUCACUUACGAGGAUUAUCUGGACCUCUCCUACACAAAGGACGUGGUGGAGGCUGGCCUGGCGGAGGACACUCACCUGUACUACAUGGCAUUCAUAGAAAGAGGGACAGCCAAACUCCAGGCAGCCGUGGCCUUGAACCCGGGUUACAGCGCCAUCCCUCCCGUCUUCAGCCUCUACUUGAACUGGAAUGGCGAGCGCAACAACUGCAAUGAUGACAACAUCCGGGCCAUGGAACGGGAGGUGAAUGUCCACCAGGGGGAGCUGCUGGGCCCCCAUCGGGGUUUCCAGCUGCUGACCAACCAGCUGCAGCGCCUGUGCCUCUUGAUGGAUGUUUAUCUGGAGACAGAGGCCCAUGACAGCAGCGUGGAAGGGCCCAAGGAGUUCCCCCGCGAGAAGAUGUGCCUCCGCCUGGCAAGGGGCCCCAGUCGGAUGAAGCCCUUCAAAUACAACCAUCCACAGGGAUUCUUCAGCCACCGCUGAACCCAGAUUCUCCUCGACGCCAUCUUUAUUCAGGUCUCUUGACUGUAUUGUUUUAGAACACUCUCAUAAUUAAAAGCGGAAUCAUA